GGGCGGGCGUCCCCAGGUGUCGCGUCUGAGGCUGCGCGUCGCGAGGAAUUCCCACGGUCCUGCCGCCCCGCGCCACCGCCGCGGUCUUCUGCCACAGAUUUCUGCCACUGAACUCGGAGGCACAGAAUGAUUUGGGAAGUAGCCGUGUUGCUCAGCGUGGUCCUGGGCAUCGGUGCUGUUCCUGUAGAUGAUCCCGAGGAUGGGGGCAAGCACUGGGUGGUGAUUGUCGCGGGUUCAAACGGCUGGUACAAUUAUAGGCACCAGGCGGAUGCAUGCCACGCCUACCAGAUUGUUCACCGAAACGGGAUUCCUGAUGAACAGAUCAUUGUGAUGAUGUAUGAUGACAUAGCCAACUCUGAAGACAACCCCACACCAGGAAUUGUGAUCAACAGACCCAAUGGCUCAGACGUGUACGCGGGGGUCCCGAAGGACUACACGGGCGAGGAUGUCACCCCACAAAAUUUCCUCGCCGUGUUGAGAGGCGAUGAGGAAGCAGUGAAGGGCAAAGGAUCUGGAAAGGUCUUGAAGAGCGGCCCCCGGGACCAUGUGUUCGUUUACUUCACCGAUCACGGAGCCACCGGUAUACUGGUGUUUCCGAAUGACGAUCUUCACGUGAAGGACCUGAAUGAGACCAUCCGUUACAUGUAUGAACACAAGAUGUACCAAAAGAUGGUCUUCUACAUUGAAGCCUGUGAGUCUGGGUCCAUGAUGAGGCACCUGCCCGCCGACAUCAACGUGUAUGCGACCACCGCUGCCAACCCAACAGAGUCAUCCUACGCCUGUUACUAUGAUGAGAAGAGAUCCACGUACCUGGGGGACUGGUACAGCGUCAACUGGAUGGAGGACUCAGACGUGGAGGAUUUGACCAGAGAGACCCUCCACAAGCAGUACCAGCUGGUGAAGUCUCACACCAACACCAGCCACGUCAUGCAGUACGGGAACAAGUCCAUCUCCACCAUGAAAGUGAUGCAGUUUCAGGGUAUGAAACACAAAGCCAGCUCUCCUAUCUCCCUGCCUCCGGUCAGACACCUUGACCUCACCCCAAGCCCUGAGGUGCCCCUCACCAUCUUGAAAAGGAAGCUGAUGAGCACCAAUGAUCUGCAGGAGUCCAGGAAUCUCGUGGAGCAGAUCCACAGGCAUCUGGAUGCGAGGCACGUCAUCCAGAAGUCAGUGCGGAAGAUGGUCUCCUUGCUCGUGAGCUCGGAUGCUGAGGCGGAGAGGCUACUGUCCAGGAGAGCCGAGCUCGGGGCGCAUGCCUGCUACCAGGCAGCCGUGUCGCACUUCCGCACACACUGCUUCAACUGGCACUCCUCCACGUACGAGCAUGCUCUGAGACACUUGUACGUGCUGGUCAACCUUUGUGAGCAGCCUUAUCCGAUCGACAGAAUACAGUUGGCCAUGGACAAGGUUUGCCUUCAUUACUACUGAAACACUUGCCUUCCUGAUGCUUUGCCCCAUGUGAACACUGCCCCUUACAAUGUGUGCUCAUCCCAGUUGCAAGAUGGGGAGCCGGCAGGAGGCCGCCCCCAGGGGCUCCGGGUGCUGCCGGGGGAUGCGGUCGGGCCACCCACCCUCCAGGGCCCUUCCCUCCUCCCCCAGCUUCCUCCAGGUCCUGUGUGCCGCUCCAAUAAAACUACACAUUGGCCUGGGUAAAGCUCAGUGUUGAGAAAGGUAAUAUUUGCUUUUUGAGGAGGUUUUGGGGCUCAUUUGUUUUCCAGGAGCAGGAGGUUGACGAGGGGCUUCCACAGACAGUGAAGGGUUCUGAGGAAUUGGAAGCUGGAACCUUUAUCGAAGAGGGAGGGAUGGAACCCCCAAAUGGAAAAUACUAUGAUUUUUUUGUUUUUGUAUCUUACUUAUCAACAAUGGGCAAGGCUUAAAAAAAAAAAAAAAAAAAGAUUUAUCACUGAACCUGAGCAUUAACUUCAAGGCCCCUGACUUGGCACCUGAUGCUCCUGCCUACAGCAGUCCCCCUGCCCCCCACCCCUGCUUCCUGCUCCUCUGUGCUCCCGGACUUUUCAACCUCCUGUGCCUUUGCCACCUGCUGGUCCCCUCGCCCCCAGAGUGCCUUUCCCUUCAUGGGAUAGAUUCUCAGGAUGUGUCUGAAGUGCCACUUCGCCCUUGAACCUUCUUCACCUUCCUCCUGCCCCCCCCAUGCCCCAUGGAAAGUCCUCUCCCCUGUCUGUCUUGCGUUGUUUUGCAUCGGUCGUGGCUAGUGUCAGGGUCUGCCUUUCCCGGGUCGGGGGGUUGGGUGUCUCAGCUCCUGGGGGGCAGAGGCUGCCUGGCUGACUGUUUCCCUCGGCCCGGUGCCCCACACGGGGACGGACUCACGAGGGGCUAAAGACGAGUCAGUAACACGAGCUACAUCCACGCAGUGGAAUAUCCUAGAGAAGUACAAGGAACCAAGUGCCGAUGCCUGUUAGGACAUUGAGCCAAGUCACCAGUCACCAAAGACCACGCAUUCUAGGAUCCUGUUUACAGCUGAUGUCUGGAAUAAGCCAGUCCGUAGAGACGGAGCGUAGCUGAGGGGUGCCAGGCAGUGGGGAGAGCGGGAAACGGGGAAGUAGUGAUUGCUGAGGGGCAUGCAGACCUUCUGCGGUGAUUGACAGUGUUCUGGCCUGGGUUGUGACGGCUGCACGACUCUUGAGUACACAAAAAGCCCCCGAAUUGUACACAUUAAGUGGAAUUAUGUGGUUUGCGCCUUUCGUUUCAGUGAUGCUGUUUUUAAAAAAUAAGCCAUAGAGCCCAGUGCUGUUUAGAUAGAUAGCGACAGAGAAAGCAGGGGACACCACCUAAGCGCUCGCCCUGAUGACCGCCUGUCUUUACGUCGUGAAACGGGUCUUCUUCAGCAGCGAUCGAUGCCUUUGAAGUUUGGCGUUAAGGACUAGAAGUUGGGACGCUGGCCAGUAGGGUUAUGUCUGUGACAAAUUCCAGGUGAUACUUUGGUUUCUAAUGGAUCCACUUUUCAUCACAGAUUAUCCUUUCUCAAUGAGGUGGGCCUGCUGGCUAAUCGCGUGACUUCAGGGAAAAGAACUCUUACUGUCCUAGAGACUUGGGGGAGCUCUAGGGUUUUAGGUGACAAGUACAAGAAGCCUACUGUGUGUUAUCACUAAUGUUCAGUGACGGGCAAACCUGAGGGCUGGCUGAUGAUCAAAGAAAAGCAGACACUGAAAAGGAGAAAAUUGAAAGGAAGUCUUAGGAGGCCUCAAGAUACAGGUGGCAAAAAGCUCUGCGCCUGUGUUCUUAGCAAUUGUUGAUGACUCUCGUGGUCCUCUCUGUAGAAUGAAAGUAUACUUACCUGUUUAAUAAAUACAGAAGCUUGAAUAUUCAUGGUUCUAAACGUCAAGAGCAGCUGUGUUUUGUUUCUCAAAUAAAUGACAGUUCCUUAA